AUGUCAGCUGUCGUCUGUCGGAACGGCAUGUCUCAGUCGCACGGCGCCCUGCAUCUGUCAAGCUUUUCCGGCGCGCAUUCGACGCUGUGGCCGGGCGCUUGGGCCACAGCCGCGAUGACGUCGACUUCCGCGCAGAAGCCAUCGUUGUUGGUGGACGACCGCUUUGUGCUGAUUGGCACGCUUGCGCUCGCAUCGCAUCUGCUCCUCUUUCGGCUGGUGGAUCUGUGGCCCGAGCAAAUCGCCAAGCUGUAUGUCGGGCUGUUUGCGCUCGAUCUGACGGUGCGCUACACCUACCUUCACUCGGGCAUCGUCGGCACGCUGUUUGCCACCAUCGUGGAUGUGGUGGCAUACACCGUGUUUGUGCUGGCGAGCAUCGGUGUGUAUCGGCUCAAGUUUCACCGGAUCGCCGACAUUCCCGGGCCUACAUCCUGGGCUCUGUCCAAGUGGAGUACGUUUGGGAUCGAUCGACAGGGUCUGCGACCACGAGCGGUGCAUGCGGCUCAUGUCGAGUACGGCGAUGUGGUGCGUACGGGACCUUGCGAGGUGAGCAUCAACUCUCCCGAUGCCGUCGCGGCGAUCAGUGCGGCCAAGAGCGAGUGCUGGAAAGGACCUUGGUACGACAGCGCAGCCGGUGGUCGCGAACCACACAUCAUGCGCAGCCUGAUCAACCUCACCGACCGAACCGAGCACCAGCGCCGACGCAAGACGUGGGACGCCGCGUUCAGCGCCAAGGCACUCAAGGGCUACGAAGGCGCCUUGGUCAACAACAUGGAGAUCAUGCUGCGCCAGCUGGCCAAACGCGCCAACGCGGACGAGGCGAUGGACAUCGACGACUGGGGCAUGUUCUUUGCAUUCGACAUGAUCUCCGAGGUCGGCUUUGGUCGCAAUCUGGGCUUGCUCGAGCAGGGCAAGCUGUCGCCGAUUCUGGAGCAGCUUGAGGAUCUGAUGAAGUUUCAGCAGGUGGUCAACAACCGGCCGUACAUGAUCGAAGUGACGCGCCAGAUCCCGACGCCCAAGGGCGCGUACGCGGGCAUGGUCAUGGAGCUGCUCGAGCAGCGAGACAAGGACGCCCAUGGACAGAAGGCCGACAUCAUGCAAUUCCUCUACGAAGCCAGUGCCGAGGAGGAAGGCACGGAUGAACACUCGAAGACGUUUGACAAGUACAAUAUGCGCAACAACCACGGCCGACGUGCCGAGCUGGCUGCCGAGGCGCGUCUCAUCAUUGUUGCCGGCAGCGACACGUCGUCGACGGUGAUGGCCAUGACGUUGUUUUUGCUGCUGCAGCAUCCCAAGGUGACAACGCAGCUGCGUGCCGAGCUGGACCUCGUGUUUGGCACCGACUACGAAACGGUGCUGAGCGACUUUACCCGUCUCGACCGCGAAUGCCCGCUGCUGAAUGCGGUGAUCAACGAGUCCAUGCGUCUCUUCCCUCCUCUUGCCGGCGGGCUGCAGAAGGUCAACACGCGCGGCUCGACCAUAGUCCCACUGGCGUCGGGAAGCAAGAUGGUGGUACCCAAGGAUGUGGUGAUGACCAUUCCGACGUGGACGAUGCAGCGCGAUGCACGCAACUUUAGCCCGGCACCCAACGUCUUCCGCCCCGAGCGAUGGCUGCACCCCGAGAGGGAGGAGCGCUUCGACCGACGUGCGUUUGUGCCGUUCUCCGCCGGCGCGACUGUUUGCGUCGGCAAGCUGCUGGCGUAUAUGGAACUAAGACUGGUCAUUGCCAACCUGGUGCGCAGGUUCGAUAUGACGGCGACGAGCGAUUUCGACCCCGUCGCUUUCGAGGACGGCCUGCGCGACGUGUUUGUCUCGACGCGCCUCAAGAAAUUGUCUGUCAAGCUGACGGAUAGGAGCAGCGGAGCCAGCCAGGCAGCUGCUGCGGUGUAG